AAGCGCAAUUCGACUCCUAUUCUAGCCCCCUCGGCACCAACCGACGUCACUGCCAAGGCAGUAAGUUCGAAUUCCAUCGUAGUCUCGUGGUCACCCCCAACAGAGACAAAUGGAAUUCUCAAACCCUACAGGGCGCAUUGCACUCAAGUCGGUGAUAACUGGCCUUACUCUGCUUCCACGAAGGACAACACGACGACGUCGGUUGAAGUGAAGGGACUGCGAUCAAAUACUAAAUACGAGUGCUACGUCGAAGCAAGCACGACGGCGCUGCUUGCUCAAUGGCCUGAUACACUCACAACUAAAUCGGCAAAGUCGACUCCCGUCACAACAUGGCCUGGAACUUUACAAAGCCUCCUCAUCAAAGACCUCGUGGCACUGGACGCUCACUCACUUGAGGUGUCUUGGGGUGAUCCCGAAAAUGUGGGAGGCACCUUGGGAGGCUUCACCGUCUCCAUUAGACCCUACGUUCAAGGCUCCGUUAGCAGGCCAGAGUGGCAGCAUGUGGCCAAUGUAAGUGCUGAAUCGCGAUCCCACAAGAUCUCCGGAUUGGAGCCCAACACACGCUACGAAGUCACUGUUCGUGGUUACGUCCUCCCAAACGAUGAGGGACAGGGCGGAGGCUACAACGAUUAUGCCUUUGCCAGAAGUGGUGUCACGUGGUCUGCAGCCCCCAGUGUUCCAACAAACGUUCGACUUAAAGCCGACAGUUCUGAACAAGCAACCAUUUCAUGGCAGGCUCCAGCCGAACCGAAUGGUGACAUCGCCAACUACACCGUUUUCAUGGCGACCAAGGAGACGAACUUGUGGGAGACCAAUGCCACAGUUUCUGCCAAGACGUUCGCCUAUUCGUUUGUUGGACUCAAGCCAUACACACGCAUCUUUGCAGCCGUUCGUGCUGCUACUGCACCCAAUGAACGAGGUAAAGGCGGUGGAAUAGGUCCACUUAGUGCAACAGAGGAAGUUACGACCGAUGAAACUGCUCCAGGACCUGUUAGUGACUUGACGUGCGUGCAGGAGCCGGCCGGAUCGUCCAGACUUGUCUGUCGUUGGCAGGAGCCGGUGGACAAGAACGGGCUCAUUCGGAGCUACAAACUGCAGCUGGUUGACAAGCACGACGCUGACAGAGUGGUAUUCGAGGGCACCUCGGCUUCCCCAGAAGCAACAAUUGAGCAGAAUCUCAACUUUGAUCACACAUUCAGUCUGUCUGUGAGUGCGGUGACGAUAGAGGAGGGUCCAGCUCUCUCAAUAGGUGUCAACUUAAUUGUAACUAAAUUUCCUGCAGCGGCUGUGGAGCCCGUCACCCAGCACCUCCUCUCCCCUCCGCCUUCCUCACUGCCCGUUUCGGAUAACUCAACUGAAUGCCAUAUUUACCUCAAGCUUUCGGCCAUCGACUUCACCCAGUACAGCCCGGUCUCGCGUGUCGGUGUGUUUGUUGAGGAGUCCGCUAGUGCCUCUGCGAGGACAUCCGACGGAAUGCCGUACUACGCCUACGCCCAGGGAAUUUCCAAAUCCUGGGAGGUCACCGCAAUUUCUCGCAGCAGUGGUGUGAGCCAGAAUAUGGAAGAUUACAUAUUCACGUUGGGCGCCGAUAAGGGCACGAUUCAACCCGACAACUCGUUCAACGGUCCGUUGAAGCCCUCAACCGAUUAUGUUGUGAAAAUUCGUUUUCAUAACAAGGCAGGAUUUACAGAAACAUCGGGUGUGAGCAUCAGAACGUCAAGCAAAGUGGACGAAAGUGAUGCAAAUGCCAACGCAAGACUAUCGUCUGGAGCGAUUGCUGGAAUUGUCAUUGCGUGCUUAGUAGCCGUGGCAGUUGUGGUCGCUGCCGUUGUACUCAAAGUUCGCAGAGCACAAAAGAGGUUCAUCGUCGAUGCCGAUGCCUACCACAACGCCAUUGUUAACGACACUGUCGAUCGAUACCAGAUACGAAUUCAAAUAAAGCGAACGGUGAAUCUUGGCGUGGUGGCGUCAUCCGCUGCCGCGCCUCGGAUAGGAAAAGGAUUCAAGAGAGAUGACAGGAACAUGGGUAUCUACUGA